AUGGGCAACACAGCUAACACCUUACCUGGCGAUUUGGAUGCGGUUCACAAUGCCAAAACAGUUAUCAGUAUGACGCAAGACUGUAUCAAAAAGAAAAGAUAUUUAACAAAUAUGGAAGUGCAAAAAUCGUAUGUUUGUAUUAAAAAAGUCGGCGGAUAUGUACGUUGGUUGACUGAUAAAAAUCCGCCGGACAACGUGGUAAAGUACUUUGGAAUCCUCUACAAAAACUUAGAGGAAAUAUCGUCUGUAACUGAAAUGCACGGAAUCAGCAUCUAUGAGAAAAAAGUUAACGAUGCAAAUGCUCUUAUGUGUUUUAUGCGGGAGACACUUUUGAACAAAGGUAAAAAGAAUCAGCGGCGUUUCCAAGAGGCAUGCUAUACAUCUUCUCCGACUGGUCUGGGAUUGGAACUUAUAAAGAAUCUAGACCACUUCGACUCAUUGCCCACUGAUAACAAGUCGUGUAGCGCUAUUGAUGCCGCGCUUGCUCAAUACCUCUUCCUGGAAGCCUAUCACAAUGGAUUGUUCUGGAAAGAAAUUGGCGGAAUUGACAUAUUGCACGAAGCAGUUAUUAUGUUAAAAGAUAAUAUGGCAGUUUUCUAGAUAAUUAUCAAGUGAGAAAUGAAUUUCGGGAGCGCUUGAUAGAUGUGAAACUUGUCAAGAACCAAUCUCAACCGGACCCUUCUAAGAGAAGAGAGUGCCUUCCCUUGAACAUCCCUAACGAAAAGUCACUGAAUGAUAAAAUCAAAGCUGUUAAGAAGUGUCUCAAAUCAAAUGAAGAAGUUAUCAAAGCAGUGGUUGCUGUCACUUUUAUAAUUGAAAAGUGUGCCAAGACCGCUGGAGUGUUGUUGCCGGGCCCUGUGAAAUUCGGUUUGACCGCUAUCGCAAAACUCGGCGGUCUCGUCAUUGGAUGGGCUGAUGAUGAGCCGGACGAUGAAGUGCGGAAACAACUCAGUGAGGUGCAGGAGCACUUUCACCUUCUCGGAAAACAAAUUGAAGAUCUAUCUGAUAAUAUGAAACUCUUGUUUGCUGAUCUCAAAUCCUUCAUGACGGCAUUAGAUUUUUUCAAGAAUGAAGUUGCAACGGCAGAAACAUUGCUGGUCUACAUGAGACGCACAAUUUCGCAUCCAAGCAAACACAGCGUUAGGGUAUUCCGAGAACAUUGCCAAGCAACACCACCUGGCCGUUUGGGACUGAAUCUUAUCAAAAAAUUGAACCACGACCCGUCAAAUCCUCUGCGGUUGGCCUUGGAAGCAGAUCAAAUACCAAAAAGAGCCACGUAUAACAAAUGGAAAUCGACAUUUGACGCCGUGCUGGCUCAAUGCCUCCUUAUUGACGCUUAUUAUAACGGGCUAUGUUGGGACGGUGAAUGUAAAGAAGCGGAGGUGUUGAACAAUGCAUUCGAUGAGUAUAACAAACGAAUGGACGAACUGCACAAUGAAUAUUGUAAAAAAUCCGAUUACUGGAGACACACUCUGGAUAUUGUGUAUGGUGUGCAAGAUGAAUAUAAAUCGUACUCGAACCAACAAAAGGCUGAGAUUUUGAAAGAGAGGAUGGAGGAAUUUUUGACAAACGACGUCUUCUACAUUGUCGUCUUUGAUUGCAAAAGUUUUUUCACCAAACUUUUUUCCCCUUAUGCUUAUGUGAUCAGCUGUGAUUCCAAUAGUGGGAAUGUGUUGAAGUCCAUUGAUCGUGGUGAAUGUCACGUUUGGAUCUACCGAAGCGUCGGACUUAACACCUAUGAAAAUUAUACGACCCGAAUGAUAGAUUUUAUGAGAACUUUUGAGCCCAGCUCUCAAAUCCUACAAACUUGGAUUCAAAAAAAUUGCAAUACAUCGCCUUUUGACGCAGCAAGAGAUAUCCAGUUAAUACUGGGAAUUCAUUGUGAUUUCGUUGGAAUGGUUCAUAUGAAGCGGCGCCCGUGGGUUGAAAUUGCAAACAGCGAGCAUCGAUUGGGGCCAGGACGAGACAUUAUGGACCUCCUUGUCUAUUACAAUUUAUUGUUUCCGUUAUUUAAAAAUGACAACUUUUUUCAAGUGAAAACAAAUUUCUCUUGGUUGCCGGAAUUCAUUGAACGUUUUUUUAAUGCAUUUUGUUACAUUUAA